AUGUUGACGGCAUCGAGGGCAUGGGUGAGGGCUUCCCAUGCCCACGGUCAAGGAUUCGGCGGUGGCGGCGGCGGCGCCGGCCUCAGGCACAUCGGCCGUUGCCAGAAAGCCCGCCGUCGUAAGCUGUUGAUGUGCGGCGAGGGGGUGAAGCGGGAUGCUGGUUUGUGGUACUCCAGGAAGAGGAAGCAGGGGAGGCACUUACAGGAAGCUGGAGGAGGUUCCGGAGCAGAGGAAGGAGAGAUGGCGGGGAAGGUUGAGCGAGGCGUCUGUCCAGACAUGGCGUCGUCUCUCAGUGUCUGCUCCGACUGCGGGACUUCCCGGACCCCCCUCUGGAGAAGGGGACCUGCCGGCCCAAAGGUGAUCAUCUCAGUUCUUCCUGCGAUCGCUAUGGAUCUGUCUUGCUUCUUCGUGGAUAUUGUUCCGAUGGAUUCUGUCUGUAGUCUCUCUGCAACGCUUGCGGAAUUAGGUACCGGAAGACGAAGAGAUACGCGGCGCCGCCGUCGACAGCGGCCGCUGAUAAGCGAAUUGACGGCAGGGGCGGCGGCCGGAAGACGUCCACGGCAUCGAGGACGACGACCUCGUCAUCCGCGCGAUCAAUUGAGUUGAGGAAGGAGGAGAAGCUGCGGCGGCGGUGGGAGACGCUCUGGUUGCUGAUGGAGGAGAGCGGGAAGUUGGAGCUCUCCUGCGGGAAGGAGGCAGUGGAGGCGGCCAUGCUCCUGAUGGCUAUGUCCUCAGGCCUCUUCGUCCAUACCUACUGA